UAUAUAGACUGUUGUGGUGUAUAACAUCUCUUCCUCCAACUACACAUCUUCUUCUUCCAUCAUCACAGCCAGCCAGCCAGCUAGCGGUCAAAUUCAUGGGCAACUGUCAAGCCGUUGAUAAUGCAAGCCUCAUCUUACAGACCCAAAAUGGCAGAGCUGAAAGAUACUAUGCUCCCAUCUCCGCCGCUGAGAUCAUGAAGCUCCACCCUGGUCACUAUGUUGCACUCCUCCUUACAACCACCUUCUACUCCUCCGACCACCACCAUAAACAACCACCCAACGACCACCCUACAACCGCCAAUCAACCUCUUCGUGUUACCCGCAUCAAGCUUCUCCGCCCCACCGAUAAUCUUGCUCUUGGUCAUGCUUAUAGACUCAUCACCACCCAAGAGGUGAUGAAAGGAUUAAAGGCAAAGAAGAACGGAAAAGCCAAUAACUACAAGGAUUUUCUGGCACCGGAGUCCGCCGAAGCAAAAUCAAAUUUAGAGGCAUCAGUCACAAGAUCAAACCAAUUGGAGAAAACCCAUCAUCAGAUGAGGAAAGCAGAUAAACACAGAGGUCCGGCGAACUCGAAAUCAAGGGGAUGGCAUCCGUCGUUGAACAGUAUCUCGGAGACAUGAAGCUAGUUAAUUUAGUUCUGUUGAUAUAUUAUGGAUUUUAUUUAAUUUUAUUUUUUUUAGAAUUUUUGUGGGUAGAUGGGGAUGGAGAUUGAAUAAUGCAAUUUCUCGAGAAACGAGAUGUUAUUCCAUAAUGAUUUUGUGAUGUUCAAGAAAUGCUUUCUUCCUUCUUUCCGUUGAAUAGGUUGACUACAUGCAAUCCACUCCUCCCUUUGUAAUCA